GUGGCCGAGGAGCUCCGGGCCGGGCCCCUAGUCUGCACGCGGCUGGGCGUGGCCUCGUACUAACGGUCUCGUGCCGAAGUCGAGUGGGCUCUGGGUCACCAUCCAGGUGCUCUGUGGAGAAGCCGCGGAAAGCUAGCGACUCCAGUGCCGGCCAGAAGAGCAGCCAGCCGGGCUAGCAUCUCGUGAGCAACGCUAUAAUAAUGGCAAACUCCUUUGCAUCAAAGGCCUUCACUGCACUUUCAGAUCUGCAUCCAAAUAUGGCUAAUCUGAAAAUAAUUGGUGUAGUUAUUGGGAAAACAGAUGUCAAAGGCUUUCCAGACAGAAAAAACAUUGGAUCAGAAAGAUACACUUUCAGUUUCACUAUUCGUGAUUCACCAGCCUAUUUUGUAAAUGUAACAUCCUGGGGCAACGAAGAUUACAUCAAGUCACUUUCUGGCAGCUUUAGGAUUGGUGAGUGUGUGAUAAUUGAAAAUCCCCUGAUCCAAAGAAAGGAAAUAGAAAGAGAAGAAAAGUUCAGCCCUGCAACUCCUAGCAACUGUAAACUAUUGCUCAGUGAGAAUCAUUCAAUGGUAAAAGUUUGUUCCAGUUAUGAAGUAGACACCAAGUUACUUUCUUUGAAACAUUUACCUGUUAAAGAGUCUCGUGAUUAUUAUUCAUUGGGCGACAUUGUUGCAAAUGGACACAGUCUUGAUGGGAGCUUCCUUAAUAUCCUUGCGGCUGUGAGAUCGGUUGGAGAACCAAAAUACUUUAUAACUUCAGACCAAAGAAAAGGCCAGAGAUGUGAAGUUAAACUUUAUGAUGAAACAGAGUCUUCUUUUGCAAUGACAUGUUGGGAUAAUGAAUUCAUUCUACUUGCACAGAGCUGGAUGCCACAAGAGACAGUGAUAUUUGCCUCAGAUGUAAGAAUAAAUUUUGACAAAUUUCGGAACUGCAUGACAGCCACUGUAAUCUCAAAAACUAUUAUUACAACUAAUCCAGAUACACCAGAAGCUAACAUACUACUGAAUUUUAUAAGAGAAAAUAGAGAAACAAAUAUUUUGACUGAUGAAAAUGCCAGUUAUUUGAAAGAAUCCAUAAAUUUAAAUACAAUAGUUGAUAUCUAUACAGUUGAGCAGUUAAAGGCAAAAGCUUUGAAGAAUGAAGGAAAAGCCGAACCUUUCUAUGGUAUUCUCUAUGCUUAUAUUUCCACCCUGAACAUUGAUGAUGAAACCGUGAAAGUAGUUCGAAAUAAAUGCUCCAGUUGUGGUUAUAUUGUAAAUGAAGUAUCCAACACUUGCACAACUUGCAACAAAGAUUCUUCAGGAUUUAAAUCUGUUUUUCUCAGCUUCCAUAUGCUGGUUGAUAUUACUGACCACACAGGAACCCUCCAUUCUUGUAGUCUCACAGGAAAUGUUGCUGAAGACACUUUGGGCUGCACGGUAGAUGAGUUUCUUGCAAUGACGGAUGAACAGAAAACAGCACUGAAGUGGCGAUUUCUUUUGGAAAGAAGCAAAAUUUAUUUAAAAUUUGUUUUAUCACCCAGAACAAGGGGUGGACUGAGAAUUAGCAUACUCUCCUGUAAGCUUGCAGAUCCUACUGAGGCAAGUAGGAACUUAUCUGGACACGGACGUGUUUAAAAUUGAGUAUCAUUCUAAACUCUGGAAAAGUAUGAUAGUUUUAACUCCUUUCAAAUGAAAUGCUAGCUUGAGAAUUAUGGAUUAAAUUGUAUUUUGUUUAAGUGUGAUAAAAUGUUCUAUAAAUUAUCACUGUUUCCUCCUGGAGUUGAUUUGGGGCCAGUCUGAACACUUGUCUGAGCACACUCCUUGGAAGGCCAUUUCUGCUGGUUUUGCCCUGUUUCCUCCUAAGCUAAAAAAUACUUAUGUAGGUUAAUAAACAAGUUUAAUUUACA